ACAGCCGAUCGCCUCUUCAGUCAGUCGUUCAGGGCAAGCAGCCAGAGAAGAGAAAGAUCACCGCGCCAGCCAGCCAACUUUGAUUACAACGACGACGCCGACGCUGUGUUCAAGCUAAACAGUAUCAAAGCCUCACGUGCUUCGAUUUGCAUACAUUGAAUAGCAAUCAGUGAGCCGCGUUUUUCCUAUCGGUUUUCAUCUAAAGGAAGGGAAAACAGUGAUUGUGAAAGUGUGUGUGUGCGUGUUUGGGCUUACAAUUGUCACUUUUGAUUGCGUUGUUUUUGCGUCGCGGCUAAUCCGUACGUGUUGGUGUGAAAACGUAGUAAUCAGUUCGUGUUCAGCGUUCCAAAGGUUCUCUGGUUACAUGAAGCAAUAUGUGUAUACUAUUCCUGUACGUAAAUGUGGAUGGAGCACCGGGUGAAUACAAGCUGAUACUGGCCUCCAAUCGGGAUGAGUAUUACGCACGACCAGCCAAAGUGGCCGCUCCUUGGGACGAAAGUCCACACGUCAUAGGAGGUCGCGAUAUGGAACCGGGACGGGAAGGCGGCACCUGGCUUGCCAUUGGCGGUGGUAACGAUGGAGUCAUUCGUGUCGGGGCGCUUCUGAAUGUCCCUGGUGAAAAUAAGCAGAACAUCGUCACCGGACGGGGGCACAUCGUGUCCAACUAUGUGUCAGGGCUGGUAUCCAACGAGGAGUAUUCGAAGCAGCUGUUAGCGAAUGACACCUACGGGGCGUUUAAUUUCGUCUCGGUGGAGCUGGGAAAGGAGCCGUCAGUGUUGCACGCUAGCAAUGCACCACACAGCAUCGAUCGGUGUGAUCUGCAGGGGGCUCUUGGGUUCGGCAAUAGCACGCUGGAUGUGCCACUGGAGAAGGUGAAAAAUGGUCGGAAGCGGUUUGCCGAUAUCGUCGACCAGCGGUUGAACGUGAGUGCCAAAGAUUCGCUGGUGGAGGAACUGCUGCAGCUGCUGAGGAGUAACGAAAAAUUCUUUCCCGAUCCCGAGCUAUCUCGUCGUAUGAUCAACUUCGCAGAGAAGCUCUCCAGUAUCAACGUGUACUUCCCGGAGUCGGGCUAUGGCAGCCGAACACGAACUAUUAUCCUAAUAGAUCACAACAAUCGCAUGGAAUUUAUCGAGGAAACAAUGUCCUCCACAAACCCGGAUGGGGAAUGGGAACGAACACACAUCGAACGACAGUUUUGAUAACGACUUUCGGAACAAUGAUCAGAAUGAUCUGUUAAGAUUUUCAAGUUAACUGUUUUUUUUUUAAUAUAUUUACAUUACACAGUUUGCGUGAUACUCCUCUAUACCUCUAUCGCACUUUUCCGGGUGUGUGCGCUCAAUUUAAGAGAAAUAAAUUGAAUAAACUUA